AUUGUGAAAAAAAAUGGAAAUUUUGGUUGAGAAUGAUGAAUUUCAAGAAAAUGCCGCCUGAAAUACGGUCGAAAAACAAAAUUUGGAGUUUGAUUUGCUUACAACAGAUUAAGCUGCAAGAUGAACAGAUUUUGAAGGAAAUGGGACGAGUCAUGCUUGCCAUUUGGAUAACUCACUGGAAUUGCAUAAAACAACAGAGAGAAUGGUCGGACCAAGCUGCCUUCAACAUAUACGAAUCAAUCAUCCUGCCCACUAAUGACCGCUUCCUUCAACCGAAGGAAAAGAAGGCAUGCAAUGCAUGGAUACUUAUAUUACGAAGCGUAACAAGUCGAGGCAAAAUUGAAGUUGACUACAAGGAAGGAUUCCCUGAUGAACGUCCAAGUACAGACUUAGAACUGAU